AUGUCUCUGAACUACAUCCGAAACUUCUACGAGGGCUGCCUCAGGCCCCCCACGGUCAUCGGACAGUUCCACACCUUGUUCUUCGGCUCGGUGCGGAUGUUCUUCCUCGGCGUCCUCGGCUUCGCUGUCUACGGAAACGAGGCGCUGCACUUCAGCUGCGACCCCGAUCGGCGAGAGCUCAACCUGUACUGCUACAACCAGUUCAGACCCAUAACCCCCCAGGUUUUCUGGGCGUUACAGCUGGUGACGGUGCUGGUCCCGGGCGCCGUCUUUCACCUCUACGCAGCCUGUAAGAACAUCGACCAGGAGGAGAUCCUGGAACGACCCCUCUACACCGUGUACUACAUCAUUUCUGUUCUUCUACGCAUCAUUCUGGAAGUCAUCGCCUUCUGGCUGCAAAGUCACCUCUUUGGCUUCCAGGUCCACCCGGUGUACAUGUGUGACGCCAGUUCUCUGGAGAAGACCUUUAACGUGACCAGGUGCAUGGUGCCAGAACACUUUGAGAAAACCAUCUUCCUCAGCGCCAUGUACACCUUCACCGUGAUCACCAUCCUCCUCUGCGUCGCCGAGAUAUUUGAGAUAUUGUGCCGACGUCUCGGUUACCUCAACAACCAGUGA